AUGACAUGCGGUUUUGAGGGAACCGCGCAGAUACUCAUCUUGGUUCUCGGGUACCGUAAGGACGGCCAAGUGAGCGAAGGGGGGGUUGUGCCAGAAAAUGCUGUAAAAGGCAAGAUCCUGCUAGAACAGGCCGUUCUGCUGCAUCUAGUGCCUGCAGCCCCGGAGCCCCAUCUGGAACUCUGCAGGCCCGACUCGCCCGCACCGUCAGAAUUAACUCGUUUAAUUCUUGCAACGCACUUCGAGGUACAUGAGAGAAUUGCUGUCAACUCGGGAAACAGGCUCGUGACAUUGGCCCCAGUAGCCCACGGGCUUGGAGGAAACUCAGGCGCCCCUCGCCUCUCCCUCCCACAGGCCUUCAUGCCCCGCGGGCUGGCAGACAAAGCAGGACCCGAGGAAUGUGAUGCCGUGGCUCUUCUAAACCUCAUCAACUCCUGCGAUCACUUCAUGGUUGAUCGAAAGAAAGUCACCGAGGUGAUUAAGUGUCGUAACGAUAUCAUGCACUCUUCAGAGAUGAAGGUAUCUUCUAUGUGGCUUCGAGAUUUCCAGAUGAAGAUCCAAAAUUUUCUGAAUGAAUUCCAUAAUGUCCCAGAGAUUGUGGAGGCGUACUCCAGAAUAGAAGAGCUGUUGACAUCUGACUGGGCUGUCCUCAUCCCCGAGGAAGAUCAUCGAGAUGGGUGUGAAUGUGAAGCAGGCAUUUACCUGAGUGAGAGCCAAGUCCAUGAAAUCGAAACGGAAUUUCUAAAGGAGAAACUUCAAGAGAUUUAUCUUCAAGCAAAAGAGCAAGAGGUGCUGCCAGAAGAGAUCUUCAAUCGCCUGGAAGCGGUAAGAGAAUUUCUAAGCAGCAAUGAGGAUCUAAGGAGCAGUCUUUCAGAGGAUCUGCAGAAGCUGGCCAGCCUGUGUCCACAGCAUCAAACACUGGAUUCCAAGGAGCCUGGGGUACAGGCAGCCGCAGGGGAGGUCUGAGGUUGCCCUUGGGCCAAACCAGACCUGUUCUUUGAAAGUCAGCACGCCUUUGCCCUCAGCCGCCCUUUUCUGUGCAAAAGGGGAGAGUCCCAGAGCACUCUGCCUGCCCAGAGGGAUGCUGUGUCCCUGAACUUCCCUUUCUCCUGUGGGGUAUCGCUUUAUACUCCUAAGUGUGGUGUUGUUAGAUACUCUUCUGCCCAAACUGUUACCCAGGGGUCUUCGGUGUUUUUGCUUUUGUUUUGUUUUGUUACUAUUUAAAAGGUGAUGUUCUUUUCUGGUCCUAAACUCUGGCUGCUAAGCACA